UAUUCCACCUCCUCUACCACCCUGGGACUGUACCCAAAUAUUGAACAUUGAACUAUUGAAGACAUUGACAUUGAAGGAAUUGUGUUGUAUUCAAGUACAUACUGUAUUAAUAGUGCGUACCGUAGGUCUGUUAUAUUGCUGAGCCUCAUUCGUACCAGAAAGAGUGUGAUUUCUGUAUAAAGAACAAUAUUAAAACCAAUUAGUAUCACAGCGAGGGACUGAUGUAAUGUUAUGAUGAUGAUAAUGGCUCAUGAUGUCUAAGAUCCUAUCAAUCAUCAUCGCGGCAGUGAUAUCGAGCAUAAUGCCGAGUUGUUCUUUCAGUUCUCUAGUGCUGUAAUGACAUCAGCUGUCGCCAGGAUAGGAGAGAUUCCUCUCUGGAAGAGUUCUGAAGCCCAAGAAAAGACAAUAGUUGCCAGUAUAGAACUAACCAAUGUUGACAACCCAAUAAGAAACGAAGAUAUCGAGGUUCCGAAGAGUGAUAGCAAGAUAAAAAUUGAAUGUAAUGAUUUACUCAAUAUUGAUGGCCAGGUUGGCAGUCACACUGAGUCAUCCAGGAAUGAAAAUUAUGUCAAAACUGACAAUAAUGAGUUACCAAACAUUGAUUGUCAAGUCGACAGCAUCAAAUCAUCCAACAGCGUUGAUAGCAGUGAGUUACCCAACAAUGUUAAUCAGAUAAAAACUCGUGAUAGUGAAUUACUUAAUAUAAAAAACCAAGUUAGGGUUACCAACAUUGAAUCUCCUAAUAGUUACGCUCAAUCUAAAAUUGAUAACACAAAGUUAUCAAAUAGUAAAGGAAAGACACAAGUUGGCAGUCCUGAAUUACCAAACAAUGUAAAUGAAAUUAAAAUAGCCAGCAUUGAGUCACUCAGUAGUAAAGAGCGAGUCGAGGUUGGUUGUACGUUACUCAACGGUGACAACCAGUCUAAAGUUGACGCUAGUGAGUUAUCCAGUAUUAAUGGAAGGAUAGAGGUGGACAGUCCUGAAUUAUUCAGUAGUGUAGAUGGAAUUAAAAUAAGCAGCAUUGAGUCAAUCGAUAGUAAAGGCCGAGUAUCAAGUAGUAAUGGAAAGACAGAGGUUGGUAGCACUGACUCAACUUAUAAUGCUGGCCAAAUCAAAAUUAGUAGCGUCAUGUCACUUUCAUCACAUGAUGAAAUCCAAGUGAAGGCUGAUAGCAUUGAGUUCAGCAUUAAGUCACCCAAAACUGAUGAUGGCCUGGUAAAAACUAACAGCUCAGAAUCACUUAUUGAUGACAGGAAGGUUGAUAUCAUUAAAUCAUCCAAAUCUGUUAAGAAAGACCAAGACAAGGUUGGCAUAAUUGAGUCUUCCAACGGUGAUGAUCAGGCUGAGGUUGCAAUCAUAGAGUUACAUCAUAAUGAAGACCUUGCCAGUGAUAAUAGAAUUAAGUCCUCCAAUAGUGAUGUUGAGGUUAAUGUUGCCAACAUUAAAUCGCCUCAUGAUAAAGUUAGUAGGAUUGAGUCUACCAACAGUAAUUAUAACCGGUUUAAAGAUGGCAGCAUUGAAUCAUCCAAUAGUCAGGCUCAGGUUGAAGAUCUCAGCAUUGAGCAUGGUGAUCAUGUGAAGGUCCACCACGCAGAACCAGCUCUUAAUAAAGACCAAAUCAGGAUUAGCAGAAUUGAGUCUUCCAACAGUCAUGAGAAGAUUAAGUUUGCGAAAAUAGAAUUGGCUUGUAUUGAAAGCUAUGGGGAAGUCAGCAGGCUUGAGUCUACCAACAAGGAUGACCAACCCAAGGCUAGCAGGGAAUCAUCCAAUAGUGUGUCUCAAAUUAAGGAUUUCAACAAUGAGUCAGUCAAAAAUGACGAUCAGGUUGUUACCAAAGAAUUACCUCAUAGAAGUGGCGAAGAUGAGAUAAACUGUAAAGAGUCUUCCAUGAGUAAUGGCCUGCUUAAGGUUGGCAACCCUCAGCUUGGUCCUGGUGUGGAAUUCAACAAAGAUGGAACGAUAAAGAGGAAGAGGGGACGGCCAAGAAAAUAUAAGAUAAGCAAUGACACUGGAUUACCACAAGGUAGCAAUACUGAGUCUGUCAAUAUUCAAGGCCAGGCCAAUCCCAACACUCAACUUGAGCCUACAGUGAAACUGAACGAAGAUGGAACACCUAAGAGAGGACGAGGCAGACCAAGGAAGAGAAAACCAGGGAGGCCAAAAAAGGAUCCGAACUCUGACGAUGAGUGGCGCCCUGUGAAUAGUUUUGUGGAGCCACCAGUGGACUCAAGAGUUCUGAGACUUAAGAGUGAAAUGAAAAAUAAUUUUAAGCGCCUUGUCCAAGGAAGUGAUCUGGCCCCAGAGAUCCAAACAUUGAAGAACGAUAGUGCAGAAGACAGGGAAGACUGCUGUUGUGUGCUGACUUGCCCAAACACUGCAGACUCAUGUCGAUUGGUCAGUUUCCCUAUAGAACCGAAGCGGAAGCGACGAUGGAUGGUGAGGAUCGGACGCCCUAACUGGUCCCCGUCUCAGCAGUCCAGGAUCUGCGAGGUACAUUUUGAACCGAAGAUGUGGAUGACCCAUGGUGACGGUUCUGUGGUCCUGAGGCCAGAGGCUCUGCCCACCAUGUUCAUGAAGCAGGAAAACAACAUCAAACCCUUCUUCACGUGUGACAGAUCCGGUGGACUCAUUGCCACCAGAGGCCAGAGUAUCUUACAGAAGGAAUUUUGUCGGUCCAAGAAGAUGCGAGAUGCAAUUGAGGCGGUAGCAGAAGGUAUGCCAUUCCUCUCCGCAUGCCAGACAUUCAACAUCAAGCGGUUGAAGUUAAUGAUGAGAUACUGCAGGACAUUAGGAAUCAAAACUUCACCAACAAGAAAGCCCAAGGCACAUUCGGAGCAGAAAACCGCACCUCCGGUGUUUGUUGAAGAGAUGGUGGUUGAUGAGCCAAGAGUGUUCAUUAAGUCAGAAGUUUUGGAACCUGAAACAAGAGUUGAAAAUGAAAUGGAUCCUGAAGAAAUGAAUGUUUUUAUCAAAUCAGAGUCUUUGGAGCCCGAAAUUGAAGUAACUGAGGCGGAAGGAAGUUCUGCAGAGCUAUUUGAGACUGUCUUCUGUGACACUAACAUGGAUCACCAAGAGGUAAAUGUGCAUCCUAUGGCACAACAUCCUCCUAGUCUGCAGGUGAAGGCUCAGUUUAAUCAGGAACCGGAGAGUGUUCUGCCGGAUGUGGUGAUGUCUCCGGAGAGAGGUGCUGAGUGUGCGACUGCUACUUCGGAGAUGUCGGUAGAUCCCAUCGCUCCUGUGGUAAACUCACAUCUGUCCCUGGCCGAGUCCCUCCCCAUCCCCAAACUCAGCUCACUUCCAGUUGAGUGCCAGGUCUGCAAGAGGGUGUUGUCGUGUCGUAGGAACUGGGUGCAUCACCUGAUACGGCUGCAUCCUGACGAAGAAAUAACAAAGAGAUUGAUAGUGGAGAGAGAAGCCAGGAGACUCUCGAUAAUAAAGAAGCCAACGAUUAGUUCCUCCUCAGGAACAAUCACUUCAAUCCUCGGUUCCCUCCUCUCCUCCGCCACGGCUUCGAGAGACAAAUCUACUGAUACAGGCGGUCUCCCUGUGUCUGCACCCCUCUCUCUCCCUCCCCCUCCGUGAGACUGCUCCCUCCUCUCCGCCACCCGGACUUGAACACUUCCAGGGAGUUCAUUGUAGAUCUCGGCAGUGUUUAAAGCUGACUCCAGACUGAUACUCAAGCAAAAGCUCAUGGAUCUCGUAGAUGCUGUAACACACAACAAGAUUGACCCAUCGUGUAUAAUCAUCGCACACACAGACUCUCCCAGGAAAAGUAAAACGUAGUAGUUAUAAUGUUAAAUGAAGCUAAAUGUGAUAUUACAAGUGUUAUUUGUCGGUUUAGUUACUAUUUCAACCUUUUUUAUUUAGUAAUAAUUAAGUUAUAAUUCUUUGUAAAAAGAAAUAAUUUGAUUAAACAUGUAUCUUCGUUAAUAGAUGAAGCAUUAUUGUUUUCUGUUAAUAUGAUAAAGAAAGUUUAUUUAUGUUAAAACAAAGAUUUUAUGUGCCUUAUACAAUGAUUUUUUAUACCAAUCUGUUAAAACCAUUAGUAUUAGCCACUGAUGUUACUUUGUUUGUAAACGUUUAAAACUGCUUGUUUCUCUCCCAAUGUUUGUCAUGUGAAAAACAUUAAUAAAGUAUUUUAAAACAUUA